AUGACUAGAAACCGCGAGAGGGAGCGCCCCGGCCCCGCCCUCCGCCCGCGCCUCGACUCCCAGCGCAAGAACCGCCCUCCUUUUCCUUGGUUUGGCUUGGACAUCGGAGGAACCUUGGUCAAGCUUGUUUAUUUUGAGCCAAAGGACAUUACCGCCGAGGAAGAGGAGGAGGAAGUGGAGAACCUGAAAAGCAUCCGGAAAUACCUGACCUCCAACACCGCCUACGGAGCCACGGGCAUCCGGGACGUCCACCUCGAGCUAAAGGACCUUACGCUGUGUGGACGUAAAGGCAAUCUCCACUUUAUACGCUUUCCUACUCAUGACAUGCCUGUUUUUAUUCAAAUGGGCAGCGAAAAGCACUUCUCGAGCCUCCACACCACCUUAUGUGCCACAGGAGGCGGAGCGUAUAAAUUUGAGCAGGACUUUCGCACAGUGGGAGAUCUCCAGCUCUGCAAGCUGGAUGAACUCGACUGCCUCAUUAAAGGAGUCAUGUAUAUCGAUUCGGUUGGCUUCAAUGGACACUCGGAGUGCUACUAUUUUGAAAACCCGACCGAUCCCGAAAAGUGUCAGAAGCUCCCUUUCAACCUAGAGAAUCCGUACCCCCUCCUCCUGGUGAACAUUGGCUCCGGGGUCAGCAUCUUGGCCGUGUAUUCCAAAGACAAUUACAAGCGGGUGACGGGGACCAGCCUGGGAGGAGGAACCUUCUUCGGCCUCUGCUGUCUCCUGACGGGCUGCUCCACCUUCGAAGAGGCCCUGGAGAUGGCCUCCCGCGGGGACAGCACCAAAGUGGACAAACUGGUGCGGGACAUUUACGGGGGCGACUACGAGAGAUUCGGGCUGCCGGGUUGGGCUGUGGCAUCCAGCUUCGGGAACAUGAUGAGCAAGGAGAAGCAAGAGGCUGCCAGCAAGGAGGAUCUGGCGAGGGCUACCUUGAUCACCAUCACCAAUAACAUCGGCUCCAUAGCCCGGAUGUGCGCACUGAACGAGAACAUUAAUCGCGUGGUUUUCGUGGGCAACUUCCUGCGCAUCAACACCAUCUCCAUGAAGUUUCUGGCCUACGCUUUGGACUACUGGUCUAAGGGCCAGCUGAAGGCGCUCUUCUUGGAACACGAGGGUUACUUUGGAGCAGUCGGGGCUCUUCUGGAGCUUCUGAAUUCGCCCUGAUUCCGAACAAGGAGCCUGAACCCCGGUUGCCGCUGGAGAGUCUCGAAGCAAAAGGGAACACCCGUAUUAACUCAGCUUUGUUUCUAAAAUGUCUGCCUGACAAAAGGAGCGGCUGUGCUUGUACGUGAUCUCAUCAGUCAACGGAGAGAAGGACAACGUUUAACCAAAAAAAUAGCUAAGGCUAAGCCUGAAUAUUAGCUUGCUUGUUAAGGGACUUGUAUGCCAAUAUAUGGGCUGAGCGUACAAAUUCUGUGUUUAGACAGUCUUAAGCUUGCGAUUUGUGAACUGUGAGGUCACUGGAGAGAAAGUGCGCCGCUAGCUUGGCCGACGUCCCAGUGGCCCUCUCCUCCAGCUCUUAAGCACUUUUAUUUUCUCGAUUUUGUACGGACUUUGAAUGGCUGUGUAAAUUUUCACGACACUGUUGAGAUGUGGAGAAU